AUGCCAGGUUACAACCUUGCCGCGUUGCAAAGCUUGGCCAAUGCACAAGGUCUUCAAAAACCGGCAAAUCUUGUGAAGUUGAAGAGGCUCUCGGAGAACGAUGUACCAAGUUUCGUGUCCGAAGCAGACCAGCAAAAGUCCGAGACGUACCUUCUGCACAGGCAGGCAACCAAGUCGAUAAAGAAGCCCUUGAUGCGCACGAAAAGAAAACUCGAGUCAUAUCAGCAUCAAAACAUUACUAAAGAGCUCGUUGAUCGUGUUCAAUGCAACGAAGGUGCUGCCGUAGUACAAGUUCUAUGGAACAAAGAGCCACAGGCAUCAUCUGUGAAAUCAGAAGAAAAGAGAGUCUCUGAAGUUGAAGAGAGAGACUUAUUACUUGGCAAGGCUGUACAGCAUCAGAACCUGAACACAGUCUGGGUCCUAGCCUCCAAGACGUCACAAGCACGCCGGGAUGAAGCCGUCUCGAUAGCGAUGAGUUUGAGAGACCAUGCGAUUAUCCGUAAAUUGCUUGAGUACGGCGCGAAUGCGAAUCAUAGCCACCAGCACUUCACCACUGCUGUCGCUGCUGCAGAUGUCGCUACGGUUGAACUCAUCUUACAAGCUCAACCGACCGGUGCUCUUCAUAAUCAGACCCUGGUCGACGUACUGCUUCUUGCCGUAAAGAAUAAUUCGACUGUAAUACUGUGGCGCAUUCUGGACUCCUAUUUGCUCGAUUGCACUUUGCAUGCACUCCUCUCAGCUGGUGCCAAAGGUAAUGGUGUGGCUAGUGCCUUUCGAUUGGCUAUUGAAAAGCAGUCAUUACCUUUCAUUAAGCUUUUUGCCCAGUACAUGGUCGACGUGAAUUGGGGAGAAGGUCGCCUUGUACGGUGCGCAGUCGAGACGAUGAGGCCGGAUAUCCUAUGUCUCGUGCUUAGCAGUAGCCCUUUGUCACCUGAAAAUGCCUCGAGAGCUGUAACAGCUCUACCAGACGGAGUGGAACCGGUUGUUCGACGCGAAAUGAUGGUCAUCUUGCUCAAUGCCGGUGCUUAUGGCACUCCGUUAGAGAACGAGUUAGUGACAGCAGUCAGGGACAAUGACAAUGCCAUGAUUGCAAUAUUGCGUGGUCAAGGUAGACCAGUCAAUUUUAACAUAAGUAGCGCUCUUGUGGCUGCUGUUCAAGCCGAGAACGUGGCUCUUCUUGAGCAGUUACUCGCAGGUGUGAGUGAUCAGGCUGCGUUGCAAGCGGCACUACCCUAUGUCUGUGGGUCCAACAGGGUCGAACGCCUGGAGAUGACAAAACUCCUUGUCGGAGCUCAGGUAAAAGGUGGAGCCCUUCACAGUGCUCUCAUCCGUGCUGUGUGCGACGAUGGCAUUGACAGAGAUGAUGAGCUUGUUAAUGUUCUCAUUCGAGCAGGAGCGGAUCCAUCCUUCAACGAGUCUGAGGUGUUACGCUACGUUGUUGAUACAGGGGAUUCGACUUUGUUCGAACGUCUUCUGAAAGGACCCAUACAAGUACUCCAAACCUCGGUCAGCAUGUUGCUGACAAGUAUCUGUGCGAUCACUGCACCCAAUGUUCGGUACAGGUUUACGGUAAUUUCGCUGCAAGCACGUCCUGAUCAACAUGCCGUAUCGGCAUUUCUAUCUACUUGCCUGUCUGAAAAAACUCUUGAUCACGAACUAAUCAAGCUACUGAUCACGGCUGGCCAGCCUGACAUAAAUUUCAGGCGAGGUGAGUUGUUAGAGAAGGCGACGUAUCUCACUAAUCUAGAACCACUUCGACAACUUGUCAAACUACCGAGUCGAACAGAGGAAGGCACAAGACAAGCUCUAGCGAAGAUUUUUGAGAUCUAUGGGAAGGAUGACCAUCAAACAGCUCAGAGAGUGGAGAUUUUGAUGUGUUCUGGAACUCAUAAAGCCGUUGCAACUCAAACUUUGGAAGCAUUCGUAGAGUUUUGGUCGCGAGCACAGAUCGAGGGUGGGAAAUGGCCACUCGGGACGAUUCGUGUUCUGCUGAGCGCAGGUGCUGACUUUGGUUGCUCACCAGAGCUGGCGAACACCAUUUCUCGUUGCUGCGCCACCCCCCUUAUCCAGCUUCUUCUGCAAUACAAACCUUCUGCGGCCUUCAUAGACGCAGGUCUUCAAGGAUGUAUCUAUGUCAAGGACGCGUCAAACAGGGACACCCUCAUUGGCAUCUUCAUUGAUGCUGGAGCCACUCGUGAGGGCAUUUCGAAAUCACUGGUUCUGGCUUGCGAGCACGAUUUAGAGGACAGCUGUGCAACUUUGAUACAGGCUAGAGGGGAUCCUCGGCAUGACGGACAUAGACCGCUACGAGAUACAGUAGCUCAUUGUAGCACAGCCCUUUUACGAAUGCUCCUUGAGGCGGAGAAGAGCUGCACGAACGUCGCGUUUGUCGAAGCCAAGCGGACAAGUGACUUGAAUCGCAAGCAUGCUCAGUUUGAGGUCAUAUUGGCCGCUGGUGUGCCGCUACACCUGAUUAACGACUAUCUCGUCGAGCUGUUUCAUGUCGUCGAAUUGGAUGGCAGGCUCAUCAAGCUACUCCUGGACAACAAUGCUGAUGUGCACGCCCAGUUGAAUAUAUGCUUCCUUCGUGCUACAUUGCUCAACAACCUAGAGGUUCUGUCAAUGCUCUUCGGAAAGGCCAGCAGUUCAAGCGUAGUUGCAGACCGCUGUCUCGAGUUAUGUGCCGACCAGCAGCACUUCAAGAACGACUUCUUCCACCUUCUGAGCUUCCUGUCCUCCUGUACAUCAAGCAUUUCGGUUCUAAACUCCACCUUGAAGCAAGCCAGUCAUGCAAUCAAAAACGAUGCUACCAUGCGACAGUUAUUGCCAAUCCUCUUGGAAGCAGGAGCAGAUCCGAACGACGAUCUAGGCAUUGUUCUCAACUCAGUCUGCGAGUAUGGGGAUUUCGAAACAGUGGCCAUUCUUACAGCCAAAGCGAAUAUUGAUUCCCGGUCUAGGGCUCUGCAUUAUCUCUUGCAAAGUACUGUGUAUGACAAGGUCUUUGUGAAGGUUUUAGACUCCUUGAUGGGUCUCUCAAAGAAUUCCCAUCCAUCGUUUCUCCUACAUGCAGAUAGAUUCCCGCCUCCACUCAAAAUUUUUCUCACCAAGCGGCCAACAAGCACUGGCCCACUCAGAAGAAUGCUCGAGCAUAAAUGUCAGGCACUCUCAUGGCGGGAUGACGGCAUUCUGUUCUGGGGCAUGCAACAGACCAACGUCAGUGACGAGUGUCUAGAGACUUUGAUCAGACUGGGAGCCAAUGUCAACUUUCGAGAUGCUGACUCCGGUCAGACCGUCUUGCUUCGUGCCAUCAAGGGGAAGCGGCGGUUCGUGGAAACGCUCCUCAAGCACGGAGCUAAUAGUUCUAUAACUGACAAGAACGGGAUGUCGCCUUUGUUAUCCUCCAGCCAUAUUGGUGACGCCGUCAUUGCAAGUUUGUUGAUCAAGUAUGGUGCUGCGAAAAACGAUGGAAGUCUACACCACGCUGUACGGAAACUGAAUGUUUGUGUAGUCGAGGUUCUCCUCAAAAACGGACACGACGCAAAUCAUCCAUCACCUACAGUACAUGGCCGAAGUCCAUUAGCAGAACUCUUUCUUUGCGGCAAAGUAGACUUGACAAAUCAUCACGCCAUGGGAAACGUCAUAUCUUCACUGCUACGUGUAGGGGCUGACAUGAAAAGACCUGUCUCACGGAAGCCAUUGAUUUAUUGGGCAUUCGAUAACACUCGUCCAAUUCAGAUGGUAGAAGGGUUAAUGCAAGCUUAUCUUCACAGGCACAUCGACACCGACUGGAACCUCGUCGAGGAUGAUGGAUAUAUCUAUUCACCCACGAUGUGGGUACAAAAGCGAAAGUUUCAGGGUCCACAUGAAUUGGGCGAUCAGCUCCUGGUGACGCUCAGGAACUACGGAGCCAACCGAGAUGUGUUCUACCGCUUGCAUGGGACACAGCCUGAUGACGCAAGAGGAAUGCCACCAGCAUUAGCUCAGCAGGAAUCGGACCGCAAAGUGCGAGAAGCCGAAGUGGCUGCAGCGGAGGCUAAUCACCAUCGUGAGAUGCAAAGAAUCAAAGAGCAAGGAGCACUCCGCCAGAAAGUGCAAAGGGAGCGCCAACAUCACGAAUUAACUCUUGCUGCCGAAGCUGAAGCUGCCAAGCAGCACCAGUUACAUGCUCGACAUGUAUUCGAGAUAGAGAUGCAGAGGGAACGAGACGACCUAACAUUUCAAAACAUGCAGAGGCGUCUCGAAAUCGAGAGACAAUCACGGGACGAUGAAACUCGACACCUCCAGAAUCUGAAGAGAUUGGAAUACGAUAGUACUCAACAGAAGCUCGCACUCGAAAGCAAAUCCAGAGACGACGAAAUUCGGCAACAGCAGAGGCUCGGUGGGAUGGCUAUUGAAAACACCAAGCAGCGUCUCGCAUUAGAAGCAACAGGAGAGUCUCAGCGAGCUGCAAUCAGACAGCGCGCGACCGAUACUGAAGUCGCUGCUCGACAGAAGCUGUUGAAGAGUGAAGAGCACGCUGGCCAGAUGCAGCACAGUCGCAUGAUGCGUCAAUUAGAAUAUGCUAAAGCUCAGCCCGUUGGAUUGCCGUAUAAGGCGCCGGCUGGGUUUAUCACUGGGUCUUGA